AUGCAACCCCCCCCUCUCCCCUCUCGUCCCUACUCGUCUGCGUAUGAAGACGACGGAGCAUCCUCACCAAUCCAUCGCAAGCGCCGCUCCUCCGACAGUCUCUCGGACAGCGAGGAUAGACACAAAAGCCGGAGCAGAGUUAACAACAGCAACAGCAACAAUAAGUCAGGGUCAGAAGCAUCAUCUUUCGAAUCCUCUACCGACGACGAUGACGACGACGAUGAACCCGACUAUCCGCCCAAGAAAUCUUCUUCUCGGCGCCAAGAUGAAAGCACCUAUGACAGCUUCGAGGAGGUUAACGGAUCAGGCAGGAGUCGCCGUGCACCCAAGAUUAUCGAUGACGACGAUGAUGAAGACGAGGACGAAGAAAGUGAUUUUGAAAACGACGAUAACGACGGAUCGGACUCUGGUUCUGGGCUUGGUGAUGGAUCAGACGACAGUGGUAGUGAUUACGGAUAUGGCAGCAAGAAGAAGACCACGAGAAAGGCUGCAAAGUCUUCAAGAUCUUUAGGACGGAAAGAACCGAGAUCCAAUGAAAGCACCAUCCAAAGGAUAAUUCCUCAGGACACCCCAUCAUCCGCCAGUGAUUCGGAUGGAGACUGGGGCAGCAGCUCCAAGAAAAAGUCUAGCAGCAGGCGCAGGAGAACAGCUUCAUCAGCCAACAAAGACACCGACCAAGGAGUCCGCUAUUCUUCGCGCGGUGGACAAGUCAACUAUAACGAGGACGAGAACGAUUGGGGCAUUAGCUCAGAGGACGACAAGCUCCCAAUGUAUACCAAGCUAGUGGUGCAAGAAGAGGAAGGCGAUGUUAUUGAAAGUAUUCAUGAUUUCCGUCGCACAGAAUCAGACGAUGCGGACGAUGCAGACGAGCCCGAUGACCCGCACAACAACAUGGAGUAUCUGAUCAAAUGGAAACAGCACAGCCACAUGCACAACACCUGGGAGCCCUACCAAGACCUCCGACAGUACAAGGGCUUCAAGAAGGUCGACAGCUACAUCCAUCGCUUUGUCUACCCCGAGAUCGCCCUCAAGUCUGACCCCAACACCAUGCGCGAGGAGAUCGAGCAAUCCGAUGUCAACCGAGAGAUGCUUCGUGACGAGCUCAAGGACUAUCGAUCCGUCGAGCGCAUCAUCGCCUCCAGAACCUCGAAAUCAGGCGAGACGGAAUACUUUUGCAAAUGGAACCGCUUGGCCUACAGCGCUGCUACCUGGGAAGUUGAGGAUCGGAUUUCGGACAAUCACCAGGCAGAGAUUGAUGCAUUCCUGGACCGUGAGUCAAGUCAGAAGGUUCCAUAUAAAACGACCAUCUACCCCAAGGGACAGCGACCACCCUUCAAAAAGUUGGUCACCCAGCCUGAAUACCUGGUGGGAGGUCAGCUCCGUGACUACCAAUUAACUGGAUUGAACUGGAUGUCUCGUCUCUGGUCCAGGAACGAGAACGGUAUCCUAGCAGACGAGAUGGGUCUAGGCAAGACGGUACAGUCUAUCUCGAUCAUAUCCUUCCUGUUUCAUCAACACAACCUCUACGGUCCCUACCUGGUCGUGGUUCCACUUUCGACAAUCGGCGCAUGGCAACGCGAGUUUGAGCGGUGGGCUCCUGAUAUGAACAUGAUUGUGUACAUUGGUGACGGCGCGAGUCGACAAACCAUCCGCGAUUACGAGUUCUACCAGAAUGGCUCAACCACCAAGAUCCGGUUCAAUGUUCUCCUGACGACCUUCGAGUUGGUGCGCAUGGACCGCGCAGAGCUGGACAAGAUCAAGUGGACCUACUUGGCAAUCGACGAAGCCCAUCGACUUAAGAACAAGCAAUCGCAGCUUCACGAGACCCUCAAGGACUUUAACACCGCCAACCGCCUGCUGAUCACCGGAACUCCUCUCCAGAACAGCGUUAAGGAGCUAAUUGCGCUGUGUAACUUUUUGAUGCCCGACAAGUUUGUGGACGACGACGUAGAGAUCGAUAUGGCUGAUGCGGAACAGGAGGCCAAGAUCCGCGAUCUGCACGACAGCCUGAAGCCCUACAUGCUGCGUCGUUUGAAGAAGGAUGUCGAGAAGUCGCUACCCAAGAAGACCGAGCGUAUUCUUCGCGUGGAAUUGUCCCAACUCCAGACCCAUUACUACAAGAACAUCCUCACCAAGAACUUUGCCGUCCUCAACAAAGGUGUCUCCGGUCAUGGCCAGCUGAGCUUACUGAACGUCGCCAUGGAGCUCAAGAAGGCCAGUAACCAUCCAUACCUGUUUCCGAACGCAGAGGUGGUGUCGGACAAGCGAGACGAACAACUCAAAGGCAUCAUCAUGAGCAGUGGCAAGAUGGUCCUCCUCGACAAGCUUUUGACAAGGCUCAAGAAGGAUGGACAUCGCGUCCUGAUCUUUUCCCAGAUGGUGAGGAUGCUGGACAUCAUGACGGAUUACCUGGCCCUCCGCGGAUUCGCCUUUCAACGUUUGGACGGCAGUGUCGGAUCGGAGGCUCGCAAGCGAUCGAUUGAGCACUUCAAUGCACCCAACUCGAUCGAUUUUGUCUUUUUGCUGUCGACCCGCGCCGGUGGUCUUGGUAUCAACCUGGAAACGGCGGACACUGUCAUCAUCUUUGAUUCGGACUGGAACCCCCAGAACGAUCUUCAAGCGAUGGCGCGUGCUCAUCGUAUCGGCCAGAAGAACGUCGUCAACGUCUACCGGUUCGUCUCCAAGGACACAAUCGAGGAGGAUAUUAUUGAGCGUGCCAAGCGCAAGAUGGUCCUCGAGUACUGCAUUAUCAAGCAGAUGGACACCUCGGGACUGGAGAUCUUGCAACAAAAGAAGGCAGCCGAAACAUCGACAGGCUUCACCAAGGAUGAGCUUUCAGCGAUCCUCAAGUUCGGCGCUCAGAGCAUGUUCCAACAGACCGAGGGAGCAACUGCCAAGAAGCUGGACGAGCUUGACUUGGACGAGCUUCUGGCUCGUGCUGAGGACCACGACACGACAGAUGCUGUCGCCUUGGCCGGUGGUGAUGAGUUCUUGGAACAGUUCAAGUACACUGACUUUGGCGCCGAGGACAUGUCUUGGGACGAUAUUAUCCCUGCCGACGAGCGUGAGCAGUUUGAGGCUGAGGAGAGGGCCAAGAUGGAGGAACAGCUCUAUACACCCCGCAAUCGCGGUCGCAUCUCCUAUGCGGAGGAGAAGGCCACCUCUCCGUCGCCCGAGUCUGAGGGCCGCCGGAAGAGACGCAAGGCAUCGAGCAACUCGAACUCGGCACCAGCUGGACCCAAGAAAAAGCGGGGCGCAGGACUCGACCCAUCCGAACUGAACACCAAGGAUCUCCGUGCCCUCGCUCGCGGUAUGCUCAAGUACGGAAUCGUGACCGAUCGCUACCAGGAUGUUGUCGCAGAGGCGGAGCUCGAGGACAAGGAGGAAGGCGUGGUCAAGCAGGAGGCUGAGGAUUUGAUUCAUGCCUGUGAGGAUGCCUUGGGAGUCGAACGCGAUUCAAUCAACAACCAGGACCCUGAUGAGGACCUUCCAUACGCCAAGAAGAACGCUAAGGCAGUUUUGUUCACCUACAAGGAAGUCGAGAAGGUGAACGCUGGCCAGAUGAUUUUGCGAUUGAAGGAUCUCCGGGCCAUGAACCGCAAGCUGGACGGUACCGAUACUACCAAGUUCAGGAUGGGUGUCGCGUUGAAGCCGGUGAUGAAUUGGUCGUGUUCUUGGGGCCAGAAGGACGAUGCUUCGCUGGUUAUUGGCAUCUACAAGCAUGGAUUCGGUGCAUGGGACAAGAUUCAAGAGGAUAGCGCAUUGGGGUUCGGCAGCAAGUUCUUCCUUUCGACUCAGGAUGCCAAGGACUUGGGCAAGAUUCCCAAGGCUCUUCACUUGGUCCGCCGUGGAGAGUACCUGUUGAAAACUCUUCGCGAGUCUGAGCGCGACAAGAAGAUUCGGCAAUCAGCAGCAACAUCAUCUGGAUCCCGACGAGAACCCGGCAAGUCAUCUCGGAAUACUUCCAGCAACCACCACACCAGCAGCAAGGAUCAAAGUAAAUCAAGCAACAGUCGGUCAGCGGCCAAGGCGAUCACCGGCUCCAGUGGUACCAAGUCCCGCUCUUCCACCACUCGAUCAGGACGGUCAUCCAAGGCCAAUGCUGGUUCUAGCUCGGAUCGCGGUGAAGAUUCUUCAGGGGGACAGUCAGACGAGACCAGUAAGGAUAUGCUGAGGGCUGUGAGUCGCGACCUGAGGACUAUUCGAGAGUCGGACAAGAAGUCUGUGGAACCUCAAGUCAUUGCUGAGUGUCUGGGUCGGAUUGGUCGAGAGAUUGAGAAUCUGGUCGACGGAGGCUCCUCAAGGUCAAGAAGCGAACGAGACCGUCUCUCCCGUCAGCUGUGGACAUUUGCAGGAAAGGCCUUCCCUACGGGCGCCAUCCAUUACGCUCAGCUCCGCAAGGGUUACAUGGAUAUCAAGAACGCUCAAAAGCAAUCUGUUGAAUCUUCAUCUUCACGGAAACGGCAGCAUUCGGAUGAUAGUCGGAAGUCAGGCCAGAGGCGGUCAAGCCCCCAUUCUUCCCGACGGAACUACAGUCGCGAUCGAGAUGAUGGGGGACACAGAAGGAGGUCUCGAUCAGGACGAGAUGGUAGCGCCAGUCCACAGCGGACGACCUCGAGACAAUCUCGCAGGAGGAGCGAUUCUUUGGAGGAUGAGCGAUCGCGGUACAAGGACCACCGGUCUGGAUCUUCCCAUGACCGCCGCAGCUCCUCGAAACAUCGCCACAGGUCAGACGAAGAAGAUGAUGAGGGACAUAGUCGGUCAGCUAAGCGCCGGAGCACCGGAGAUGGCAUUCGUGAAGGUAACAGCAACAACCACCUCAGUAACGGCAGCAAUGGCAGUCUCGCCAAUGGCAGUGGCAACCACGAGGAGCGGUCGAGGGAUAGUCGCAAGCGGGAUCGGUCGUACGACCGUAGCGACCGCCGCAAGGACUCGAGGGAUCGAAGCAGAGGUCGCAGCCGAGAUCGCAGCCGGGACCGUAGUCGAGACCGUAGUCGGGACCGAAGUCGCGGGCGCUCAGGGCGUGGACGAGACCGCGAUCGUGACAGGAGUCGAGACCGAUCACAUGACGACAGCCGACGCUACCGGUAG